GUUUCCCCAAAUGGGAGCUGUUUACAAACAACUUCGAGCCACGGCCGAAAAUGGCGAUUAUUUAUGGAUAAAACCUCCCCCACGGCGCAUGUCCUGGCGAACCGGCACCGUAAACAAUCAACAAAGCCACGUGCUUCCAACCAUGUGCUGCAGGACCAGGGCUCCAACACACUGCAGCUGAUACGAGAGCUCCGCCACAUGUUGAUUGUUUACUAUCAGCCGGAUGGAGGCACCACCGGGGAGCGUAUUGGGGAAUCGGGCAUGCUCACUGGGGGUGCUGUUGCGCAGGACAGACCGAAAAUGGAGCCCUUCUUUAUCCGGACCAUGGUGAAAAAUUAUGACAGACUAGAGCUCGGAAAAGUGUAAAAAAUGGACGCCAUUGUUCUAGCUGGUGACGAGUUGUGAAAGAAAAUCGUUCAAAAUGGCGAAAUACAAGUCCGAACAGUGCUAAAGUUGCCAGCCAUCGAGAGCUAACCACGCCAGCAACCGGAAGUAGCUGAAUUGGACCGAUUUAGGUGAAUCGGUGGCGCGCGAAGUGGUUUUUUCCUCCCGAUAAGACAAGUGGUGGUCGACAUUUUUCCAUAUCUCCUAAAAUAGUGAUCCGCAGAGGACGGUCCCCCUUUUCAGCUGGAUAUGAUCCAGAGGGAUCUCCUCGCGAACGGAUGCAAACGAAAACUAGCUCGUAGGACACAACUACUCUGCAGGAAGCCAAUAGCCAAUGUUCAAGACCAUGUACAUAAAGAAUAGCUCGGGUUUCAUCGCUUUUUCCGUUCUGUUAGUUUUCGCAAUCUCAAUUACACGUAGUGCAGAUGAGCCAAAAACAAUCAAGUAUAGCAUUGUCCAGGGAUGGGCGGACAAGCUAGGCGGAGAAUUAGCAUCCUUAGGAGAUUUUAUAACUAGACGAAAAGACGUAGAAGAUAGUUUUAAACAAGCACAAGUAGUUAGCAAAAAUGGACAAAAAAUUGUGGAAGAGAUGGCCAAGGACCUCAAGUACAUGAUGGAUGCGAAAGUGAGCGCCGUUAAGCGCAUCAUGGACACCGCCGAAAACACGGCCAUCUCGUACGAUGAGGAACCAGUGAACCAAAGUUUCCAGUACUACAAUGCCAAGGAGAUGAUCGAACCGGGCGAGAUCAUCACCACACCGAUACCGAUGAUCGACGAAGAUCCCGCUGAUAUAACAACACCAAUCCCGCCCAAAGAGAUCGUUCUCACUAAGAAGAAACACUUCUUCAACGAAGCGGUCAAUACCUCGGUCAGUUCGGUGCACGUGCCCACCAAUGUGUACGAUAGAGCAACUGAGGUGAUCAAGGCAAUCAAGUGGUCCGAAGCGUUGGACUCGAUCUUCUACAACAACUACAUCGGCGACCCGACGUUGACGUGGCAGUACUUUGGCAGUUCGACGGGCUUCCUCCGCCAGUUCCCGGCGACCAAGUGGGUAGAGGAUCCGGUCGAUCUCUACGACUGCCGGUUACGCUCCUGGUACAUUGAGGCGGCCAACAGUCCGAAAGAUGUCAUUAUCCUAGUAGACAGCUCCGGUUCCAUGACGGGCCAGCGCAAAGACAUCGCCAAGCACGUCGUGUCCAACAUCUUGGACACGUUGGGUCCUAACGAUUACGUCAACAUCUUCACUUUCUCCGAAGAGGUGACCGAAGUUGUCGAUUGCUUUCGCGAUACGCUGGUUCAAGCCAACAUGGGUAAUAUCCGAGAGCUGAAGCUAGGAAUGGAUAACAUCGAAACGACUGAGAUUGCGAACGUCUCGGCGGCCUUGACCAAGGCCUUCGAGCUGUUGGAAACCUUCCGCGAGAGUCGAAACGGUGCCCGGUGCAACCAGGCCAUUAUGCUCGUUUCGGAUGGUGUUCCGUACAGCUUCGAGGAUAUCUUUGAGCAGUACAACUGGAAGGAGUUGCCCUUUAUCCCGGUGCGGGUCUUUACCUAUCUGAUAGGCCGGGAGGUCGCCGAUGUCAAGGAGAUCAAGGAAAUGGCCUGUAAGAAUCAAGGCUACUACGUACACUUGAGCACGCUGGCCGAGGUGCGGGAAGAGGUGCUGAACUACAUACCGGUGAUAGCGCGGCCACUGGUGUUGAAUAAACGGGAACAUCCGGUGGUGUGGUCCGAGGUGUACGCGGACGUUGAGGAUCCAAAAAUGACGGACUGGUUGUGGGAAAUAAAAGAAAGAGCUGAACAGAAGGAACGGUUCAUCGAUUACCGUAAGAAUCGAGUGAUAUUCUUCUCUCCAGAAGAACAGCACCGCAGGAUGAUCAUGAAACAGCGAAUGAAUCAAGAUCCUUACUCAAACAACCAGAAGUACAACUUCAUGACAACAGUGUCUGUGCCUGUGUUCGAUCGUCGGGAAAAUGCUAACAUCACCGAAGACAUCCUCGUCAAUGCGGCUUACUGGGUUACGAUAACACGAGAGACCAAGGUGGCGAAUAUACUCGGUGUAGCCGGGGCGGACGUACCAAUCUCGGAAAUCAAGAAAUACUUGAAGCCACAUUUGCUUGGAGUCAACGGGUACGCCUUCAUCGUUACGAAUAACGGGUAUAUUCUAACGCACCCCGAUUUCCGUCCAGUUUUUCAAGAUAUUUUAAAACCUGCUUACAACACAGUGGACAUGAUAGAGGUUGAAUUGACCGACGACGACCGUGGACCACGGGACUUUAACCUUGCCUUAUUGCAUAUACGAGAAUCUAUCAUAAAUCAAUCUACCGGAGCGAAAUGGGUGCACGUGAAGUAUCACUUCGAUGAAAUGAAACGGGUAUCCCGCACUCGGCGCCAGUACUACUGGACACCGAUAAAAAACACCCCGUUUACUCUGGUGGUAACGUACCCGGAAACGUACGGCGUUCACCGUCUGCAGAUCCGGACGGAAGACGAAAUACACCGGAUCCUUGCCAAGGGCAGCAAUGUAGCCAGUUUCUUCAGCGGUAUCAACUGGAAAAUUCACCCCGACUGGGUAUACUGCAAAUAUCUGAACGAACACGCAAACGAAACGUUUGCCACUCCCGAGCUGGAGUUGAAGCACUUCCUCGAGCGAAUGAAACUAGGCGGUUGGAAAUGGCCAGCACUCCGGACACCACCUCCACCGGAGCACGCCAUGUUUUCUAACAUUUCGACCCGAAUGCCUGAAAAGGACUACUAUUACUGCGAUCGCAAUCUAAUGCAAGCCCUGGUUUACGACGCCAAAGUGACGGAAUGGUUCUCGAAAAACACCAGCGGAGGUAGCGGUAGUAGAGACGAGAAAGGCGGCCCUAGCCCAAUAGCAGUUUUGAUGGGUUUGUUGCCAAGGAAUGAGUUCAAGCAACGAUUCGGAGUUACUGUUUCCUUUCUGGCAACACACAGUGGGCUUACCCGGUGGCAGGACCAUAUGAACUUUGGCGACGAGUCCAAGCAAUCAGAGCCCGACUUCAGCGAAACGCACAACCGAGCGAUCGACGAAAUUUGGUACAAACGCGCCGUGGAGCUCUACUACAACAACAAGAACAAACGUAGCCAGGAUGGCAACGGCAAGGAUGACGACGAUAAGGACAGCUACGUCUACUCGGUUCCGUUCGAUGCCGGCAAUCGGAACGACACCCUGGUGACGGCCAGCAAUGCAAUCUUCCACAAUGACGGCGGCAAGGAAACGCCGGUGGCCGUGGUCGGCUUCCAGUUCCACCAUUCGGCCAUGUACACUCUGUUCAAGAACAUCACCAGCCAGUGCAGGCCGAACAGCGAUCACAGCUGCGAGAAGACGUGCUUCACGGGCGACUACCAGUGCUACGUGAUAGACAACAACGGGUUUGUGGUGAUCAGUGAACAGCUGCAGGAGACGGGAGCGUUUUUUGGGGAGGUCAAGCCGGCGUUCAUGCAGCGGAUGAUCGAUGACGGCAUCUUCAAGAACGUCACGAUCUACGACUACCAGGCGGUGUGCUUCGUGGGGAAGAACAUCAUCAACCUGGGCAACAUCAUACAAACGCCUCUGAAGGUGAUCUGGUGGUUCCUGAGGAAUGCGGUAUCCUACGUCCUGUGGUUGAUCGUGCAGAUAUUCUUCACGAUCGUGCAGGCCUACGACGAAGCGCCAUACGACAACCAGUAUGACGCGAUGGCAGAUCCCGACUUUGAGGAUCCCACGGCCGGUCGGUACAAGGAGCCCGAGUUCAACAAGGUUCUGAUCAAUCGAACGCGACCGGAACCUUGCGAUCACGUUAUCACGCUGUACGAGAUCAACAACGACGUCGAUCCGACCGUGUACCGCAAGGAUGCCCAUCAGUGUGAAAGACCCUACGUGGUACUGCCAAUCCCGUCCAGCAAUUUGAUCCUGCUGGUUCUGGACACGCUGUGUCCGCUGCCUUCGCACGUCCCAGUGCUCACCACGUGGCCCGUCGAGCACGACUACAACGCGACGUUGGCGUGCCACAAAGCUCACAGCGCCGAACUUCCGCGGAGGCGACCGCUCACCUGUAUCAAUAAGCAUGCGAACGAAAGUAUAAUCGAACUGUGCGGACGAGGUUCAUCGUUGAUCAAAUCCAGCUGGAUUCUGAUGGGGUGUGUCCUGCUGCUGGGACGACUGUUGCGUGUGUACCACAACUAAAUCCAUUCUACGAAGAUCAUUGUGAAAAAAAACACGCAAAGAAAAAUACUGAGAGCUUUCAACUCGGAUGCAAACUGCCACUGGUGAGGGUGAUCUCCGGAUACAAGGAACAUUCAAAAAAUGAAUCAUCAGAACAAACUCACCACUGGCAAGCGUCCCUCAAGAAAAAAAAAAGAAUAACGAACAAGUCUCAACACUUCACAAACUAUAGCUACAAUUUGAUUGUUACUUUCAAUUUUCGAUAAGAAACCAACUUGAGUAUGACUUCAACGAGAGGGAAAAGGUAAAACCAAAGCGUUAUAUUUAGUACAAUAACCGCUGCUGCUAUAGAACCAUUAAAACUAUUUAGCCAAAUUCUGUUACUCAAUUUCACAAGAUUUUUGAAAACUUAUCUCACUUCAGGCUUCUGAAAUCAGCAGGAGAAACCGAAAGAAAACCUAGUACACGUUUUGUUAUAUCGAUGACUAUGUGCUACCGAACAUUUCUUAUAGAAUCGUAACCAAUCUCAUGCUCUUGUACAAAGUAAACUAACGAACGACGAAUUUUCGGAACAUGAAAGUGCAGGUUAUAGGUGGAGGAUGGAAAAGGCCAAACUAGGUGGCAACACUGCAAAACAAAUAUAUUAUUGAUUAGGAGUGAAUUGUCGG